AUGGACCAACUGAAGCCGUGUAAAACCAAACUUGCUGAGAUAGAGGAUGACAUCGAGGACAUCUACGACUCUAUCGACUACCAUAUGGACAAGUUCGAAUAUUUGGAGAAUCAGAGUAGAAGAAACAACAUCAGAAUUGAUGGGAUCUUAGAAGAAGAAAACGAAUCGUGGGACACUACAGAGGAAAAAGUCAGUCAAACAAGUUCUAGCGGAGAAGCUCAACCUUGAAGAAGCGCUCCACAUCGAACGUGCUCAUCGUGUUGGUAGGGUUGCUUCUGGCCCUAGAAGACGCCCUCGCACAAUUGUGUGCAAACUUCGAGACUUUAAGCAAAAGAAGCAAAUAUUGAAGGCGACAAGAAGAACUAAACCUGUCGGUUUAUACAUAAAUGAAGAUCUUGCUAAGGAGACCCUUGAUAAGCGUGAAGAGCAGAGACCCAAGCUGGAGGAAGCAAAGCGGAAUGGAACAAUAGCGUACUUUGUGUUGGACAAAUUGAUUGUAAAGGACAGACGUGGCUAA